AUGGCGGCGAUACCAAGUGCACGAGUUACGAAACCUGGUCGUACAACUUUAUAUGAUUUCUAUCCAUUAAGUUUACGUCCAUUUCUUGCAAAGAAAGAAGAAAUACCAUCAAUUGUACGGUCUAAAUCGCAUUCAAUGGGAGAUUUAGGACCUUGUACGACAAAACUGGACGACCAUGUCUUUCAUACAACCUCAGCAUCACUUGAUACACUUCAUUUGCACGAUCGCAGGCAACCAAUCGAAAUAACUUCUUCCGAUCCCUUUCGUACAUUUCAACAUGAAGUGUUUGAGCCAAAAGAACGUUCGAAAGUUUUGAGUGUUUUACGUCAUCGUAGUAAAGCAGUACUGAAACCAUCUCAUUUGUACGCACGUUCUUUUGUACGACCAGUUCCUCCGUCCACAUUUACGACCGACGAUAUUUUACGUACAGGUUUUUUGACAAAACAAGGAAGUUGGCGACGUAAUUGGAAAACCAGGUUUUUUAUUCUUCGAAGUGAUUGUCCCAGUUUAUGUUAUUUUACAUCAGAAGAAAAAUUGGAUUUAUUAGGUGAUAUUGCAAUAACGCAAGAUACAAUAAUUUUAGAUCGAAGUGGUGGUCAUGCUCCUUUUCGAUUUCAAGUUCGUACCGAUGCUCAAAUUUUAUUACUUGAAGCAGCAACUUCUGAAGAACAAAAGUGGUGGAUUGACUCAUGUCAAGAAUUAGCAGAUGCAAUACGUGCGACGAAAUUUUCAAGUCAAUCACGACCCAAUAAUAUUGAAUCAAGUGGCAUAUCUUGUCAUUCAAAUGAUGAGAAUGAAGUGAAUAUGACAAUACGUUCAACUCGUUUACCUGGUCAUCGCAUAACGGAAAGUAGUGCUAGUAGUUCAGCACGUUCUGGAAGUCACGAGACACUAAUUUCUUGUGAUUCUCAACUUUAUGAUUUGUCAAUUGCAAUAAUAUUGGGAAAAGAUUGUCAAAUAGUUCGAGAAGUCGAACAAAUGGUUGCUACUGAACGUGAGAAAGAUCGAAGUGCAUGUUUUGUGUCUGUAAGUGGAUAUAUCAAUCGUACCAAUACAAUUAUUGAACUUGGUAUCACAGAUGCAAUAAAAUUAACAAAUAUUGUCACCUUGUGUCAAUCUGAAUCCAAAAGUUCGUUUGGAAUUCCAUUUUCACUUGUUUUAACAACAGAAAUUGAACGAUAUGAUGAAUUACGUUUUGUUUCAAUAAAUUCAUCGUUUCUUGUGAAUCCACGACUAUCUCAAUUUCAAACUUCAUUGAAAUAUUUUAUUGAUUCAAAUGCAAUUCAAUUAAUUGUUCAAGCAUUUGAAUCUAUUUCUCCACAAUCAAUUCUUCCAACAAGUGGAAUUGAUAUGGCAAAUACGAAAUAUUUAAUUCCAACAACUUUAUCUUUUGAACGAGAGAUUCAAAGUGACAUGACAAUUGAUUUAAUUCCUGAUAUGAAUCGAAAUAGUCAAGUACGUACAUUUUUGGAAAAUGAUACGUUUCUUACGAAUCAAUUUGAAUCUGGAAUUGAAAGUUGGAAUGAAAAGUUACGUUAUGUAGCAAUUGAUGAAAUUUUACGUGUUCCACGAUGUACAUAUGCAGUACCAAUUGCAUUUUUAGAUUAUCUUGAAGAACAAGCAUUAGAACGAUCACGAUGGAUUCAAAAACAAGUUGAAACUCAAGAAAGAAAUUCUCGAAUGACAUUGGAAUUGGAAUUUUUACGAAAGAAACAAGAAGAAUAUUUAAAACAACGACAAUUUCUCAUUCGACAAGAAAAACGAUUAGUAAAUGAAGGAAAUAAUGGCGAAAUCUUUCAAGCCUUGAAAAGUAUUGGAAUGAUUUCAAUUUCAAAUGAAAAGGAAACAAUUGGAACAUUUUCAUCUUCAAUUGGAUCAACAAUCAAUUCGGAAAAUGAACUUCUUGCACCAUUUAAACGAAGUACGUACAAGAAUUUGAAUUUAUGGCAAUUUGUACCAACAAACAUGCAAGAUCAAUUCAUUUGUACAAUGAAACCAUCCAUGGAAUCUUCAUGUCAAUCAUUUGUAUGGCAUACAAUGACAAUGGGAUGUCCAGCAGCUCAUACAAAAGGAUUUACAAAUGGAGGAUAUCCAAUGUCUGAAUCUUUUCAAAAUAUCAAUUCAAAUGAUGAUGAACCAAUUGAAAAGAGUCAAGAGAUUGAAAGUCAAAGUCAAACAUUUGCAAUCAAUGAUUUGAGUCUUUAUUCUCAAUCUCAUGAAGAUUCAUUAAGUGCUUUGAAACAACGUCUGGAAUCUCAAGAUCGUUUAAGUAUCAUAAGUAGUCAAAUUUUAUCAGCUACAAUUGCAUGUCUUUUAGCAUCAUUUGAUCUUGCACGAAAUGGUAGUGUAUUUCAUCAAACUCAACUUGAUCGAAGUGAAAGAUUUGGAUAUUUUCUUCAUUUUGAAUCACUUUUAAGUACACAAGGACAAGAAUAUGGCAUGUUAGAAGAUUUUGCUGCAGGUGUUCGAUGGCUUCGUCAUGUAUUUCUACAAUUUCGUCGACAUUCUACAAGUGGAUCGUAUUUUUUAUUGAAACGAUUGAAUUCAACUGGACAUGAUGAUCAAAGUUUAGUUUUGACUAUGGGACUUGAUGAAAAUGAUAUGAAACUUUUACCAAUCAAGUUACAAUCAGGUGAGACGAUGAUUCCGAUUCAUUGUGUUUUAUUUACACAAGGAGUGAAUGAGAAACAAAGUCUUGUACAUGCUUAUAAAUCAAGUGCAGUGAAAUUACAAGAACGUGUAAAUCGAGAGAAUUUGUACGAAUUGAAACGAAUUUAUGGACUGUACGAUCAAGUGCGUACAAAUGAACAAAAAGAUUGUCCAGAUUUGGUGCAUUUUGAAAUUUUAUUGCAGCAAAUUGAACAUCAAAUUUUGUCAUGUACAAAUCAAUAUAAAAAAAAUGUAACCCUUUUAAUGGAUACGUCGGACUUUUGUCGUGCUCUUGGAGGUGCACGAGUUACAUGUUGUAAAAGUGGAAAAGAUCGAACUGCUAUGUCAGUCACAUUGGAACAAACUCGAUUACUUUGGAAAGAAAUGCAAUCUUUUCAAAAUUUAAGAUUGUGUGCAAACAUGAGAUUGUACGGUGUACGACGACGAAAUGUUUAUUUGAAUACGAAAGCAGAUAAAUUUGCAUUUAAUGAAAUGCAACGAAAAAUGUUACCGGAAUGUUUUAAACCACCUCCAGGAACAUAUAAAGCGGGGAAAACAUAA